AUGAAUGUUUGCCAAUUUUUGCAAGAAGUAACAUAUGCAUAUAGUAACUAUGUGCUACUUAUGGUUAUGGGACGAAAAAACGAUAUUCUAAACCGAUUCUCGGAUGAAACUAAAGCUUUCCGCUUAUUAAUUGGCUCACUUGUAAUUCACGGUUUACGACUCAUUGCAUGCGCAUAUCCUGUAGCUGUUCUUGCAAUUAAAGCUUUUCCGGGUGAAAUUUUAUGUCGUAUCCGGUUUUCACCGAAUCCUCAACGUGGAGUUAGCACUGCGCAGGCUAGACAAGCUGAUAAUACUGGUUUUAAUUUAUAA